AUACAAUUUUGAAGUAGGGAACAUUCAUUGAGACGAUUCGUAGUUGUACAACUUGUAUCACAUGAAAACCCUAGAAACAGAUAUUUUCGUACAACAAGUGCUUUGGUCUUGAAAGUCUUUCUGAGAAGACCAUGAUCAUAUCUACUCCAGCAGUGAAUUGCGGACCUGGGUUCAUGGAGACCUUGUGCCAUUUCGGUGUGGGCUCUGAUAACUUCUUCUUACAGGCGAGGAAUUAUCUUCUGUAAUCAUAUCUCUCCCUCUCAUCUUUGAUUUCAGAGAUUGCUAAUGGGUACGCUAUGGGUUCUGGGCAUGUCCGCAAGUUCACCUCACUCUUACAGUCAUGUAAGACCAUGAAGCAGCUUCACCAGAUACAAACGCAGGUUACUGUCUUGGGCUUCUCCCAGAAUGACUACGUCACCCCGAAAUUAGUGGCGGCAUGUGCGGAGCUCAAGCGGAUGGCUUAUGCCCGUAAACUGUUCGAUCAAAUUCCUGAACCAAAUAUCGCUUUAUGGAAUGCGUUGCUGACAGGGUAUGCGAAGAAUGAGGGUCACAGGGAAGUCGUGGCUUUGUUUUGUAAGAUGAAGAAGAUGGAUGUAAUGCCGAAUCGUUAUACUUUUCCGGUUGUGAUCAAGUGUUGUGGGAGGCCGAGUAGGUUGGUGGUGGGUGAAGAGGUGCAUUGUGUUGUGAUCAAAUGUGGGUUUAGGGGGGAUGCAUUUGUGGGGACGACGCUGAUCCAAAUGUAUGCGGCGGGUGGAGUGAUUGGAGCUGCUUAUAAGGUGUUUGGGGACAUGUUUGACAGGAAUGUGGUCGCGUGGACUUCGAUGAUUAAUGGGUACAUUUCGUGUGGUGAUAUGGUUUCUGCGCAGCGUCUGUUUGAUUUGGCGCCAGAGCGGGAUAUUGUGAUGUGGAACACUAUGGUUAGUGGAUAUAUUGCGAUGGGGGAUACGGUGACAGCUAGGAAGCUUUUUGAUAAGAUGCCGAGGAGGGAUGUUAUGUGUUGGAAUACUGUGUUGAAUGGUUAUGCCAGUAAUCGGGACAUUGAGGCUUGUGAGGAUUUGUUUGAGAAGAUGCCUGAGAGGAAUGUUUUCUCUUGGAAUGGCUUGAUUGGAGGGUAUGUGCGCAGUGGGCGUUUUAUUGAUGUUCUGGGAUCUUUCAAGCAGAUGCUUAGUGAGGGUAAUGUGCUUCCUAAUGGUGCUACAUUCACGACUGUGCUGUCGGCUUGUGCGAGAUUAGGAGCUCUUGAUUUGGGUAAGUGGGUGCAUGUAUAUGCUGAGAACAUAGGGUACAAAAGAAAUGUUUUUGUUGGGAAUGCGUUGAUUGAUAUGUAUGCAAAAUGUGGUGUUGUGGAUAAUGCACUCGAUGUCUUCAAAAAUAUGGAGACGAAAGAUUUAAUUACUUGGAACACGAUAAUUUGUGGCUUAGCAACACAUGGACGUGGGGGUGAUGCCCUUGAGUUGUUUACUCAGAUGAAGACUCGUAAAGUGAAACCAGAUGGGAUCACCUUCAUAGGCAUUCUUUGCUCUUGUACGCAUCUUGGAUUAGUAGAAGAUGGCAUGUCAUAUUUCCAAUCAAUGGUUAGUGACUAUUCAAUUGUGCCUCAAAUUGAGCAUUAUGGCUGUAUGGUUGAUCUGCUUGGGCGAGCUGGUCUUUUGGAACAGGCAGUGGAGUUUGUGAGGCAGAUGCCGAUAGAAGCAGAUGUUAUCAUUUGGACUACCUUACUCGGGGCAUGUCGAAUAUACAAGAACAUUGAAUUGGCCGAGUUAUGUCUCGACCGGCUCAUUGAACUUGAACCGAAAAACCCUGCAAACUAUGUCAUGCUUUCAAAUAUAUAUGGUGAUCUUGGGAGAUGGAAAGAUCUGGCAAGAUUGAAAGUUGCGAUAAGGGAUACAGGGUAUAAAAAAUUCCCUGGUGUUAGCUCUAUUGAGGCCAAUCAUGGUGUGGUUGAGUUCUGUUCCUUGGAUAAUAGGCAUCCUGAGACUGAGGAUAUAUAUGAAGCUUUGGAGGGAUUAACCAAACUGCUAAGAUCUUUUGGAUAUGUACCAGACAUUCUGGAUCUUGGGCAUGGAGACUAGUCAUAGAACCUGAAAUUAGUUCAUUUUCUUUAAUUCUAUUGGAUUGCAAGAAUCAUUAUCAUAAGGUGACAGGAAAAAGGAUUGUCCAACAGCUACAUCUGGGAAAACUAGUAGACAUAAAGAAGAAAACUGUAUAAAAGUGCCAAAAAUAUAUUGGGACCUUACCUGGAGGGCUGUGCUGACAAUGGAGUGGAUUGAUGGAAUAAAGCUUACAGAUGAAAUUGGCCUAAAGAUGGCCUUUCUGAACAGAAAAGAACUCAUUGACCAGGGAUUAUACUGUUCUUUGAUACAAUUGCUGGAGGUGGGAUUUUUUCAUGCCGAUCCAUAUCCUGGCAAUCUUGUUGCCACUGAUAGUGGUGCUCUUGCAUAUUUUGAUUUUGGAAUGAUGGGGGAUAUUCCUCGACAUUAUCGUGUGGGGGCUUAUCCAAGUGCUCGUGCACUUGUUAAUCGUGACUCUCUGGGUUUG